UUCAACAUAUCAAUGCAACAUUAACCUUGCAUCAGAUGAUAACAAUUAAAUUAUAUCAUAACCAUGGCAAUAAACAGAUAAUAAUAACAACAACAACAACAGAAUAAACAGAAUAAACAGAACCAAAUAAACAACCGUUCAAGCGAAUAAAUACUAUGACGUGAAUACCCCUGAGUCAAGUGACCAACCUAAUCCUCUUCUCCUCCUUGCCGACCGUCAAUCCCCCAAAUGUCUCACUUGACCAGAACAGUCUACACAGAUCUUGCGCCGGAGAAUUCGUCUUUUUCCUCUUCUGUGUGGAUCUUAAUAUCACUAGGUGGCAAAUUAUUUGUUUUUCUCAACUCUGGGUUCUUCAUCCCAGACUCUAAGACUUGGGUUCCUCAGAUACAAUCAGAUCAAAAUCUGUACGACACUACCUACACCGAACACACUCUAGGGCCUUCUGUGGAACCCCAAGGCUUCUCCCAAAUCCAAUUUGGGCCAAAAAACAAGAUUUUCUUUCCUAGUCUUUGCCCUCUCCUACACGGCCGAAAUGGAUCCAAACCCCGCUUACUCGCCCUUGUCGAUCAUCGCCCUAGUCUGAGAUUAAUCCCGCGAAGGGAACGUGGUUACACUUUUGCUCCUGCACUUUCAUCUCGACCCUGGUUGGCUUGUCUCUGCUUGACUCGAGAUGAGGUUGCAAACAUCACAUGUUACCGAGUGACUACUUCCGACUCUCCAGCAAGGCGGGCGUCCCUGCGCUGCCUUUGGGUGUCAAUUCGGAGGUACUCUCCAUGUCCUUCUCGCGCUAGAGGGUUAAGGCUUCCUCUUAGCCAGUAGUCACCGAGGCUGGCCUCCACUGUUGGAGCCCGGGAGGGAUUUUCCACCUUGUUCCCCAGAGGGUCAAUAUCCGUUCCCCGCAAAGAGUGGAAAUCGUAUUCGAUUGUCCGAACCGUGGUCGCCUGGUUGAUAAUAAUAAUUCUUAGGCCAUCACUGACUCCAUCAGACUAUCGUUCAUGAUAGUAUUGGAGUUCACAGUGCAGUGAAUUUUCCAGCUGGUUGCU